GUAGCUAGGUCUUUGGAGAGGUGGGACUUGGAGGAUGAUGAAAUAAAUGGCGCCAGAUGGAAGAAGAUGAGACCACUGAAAGACGGGAGAUUCAGCAGAGACGCCAUCGACGCAGUUGGUUGGAGAAGGAAGCUAUGUAUGGUGAACGUGGCUAAACAAGGGUCUGUUUACGACGUGGAGAAUGACAUAUGGGAAGAUAUGCCGGAAGGCAUGGUGGCUGGCUGGAGAGGACCAGUAGCUGCCAUGGACGAGGAAGUACUAUAUGCGGUGGACGAGGCUAAGGGAGUACUCACGAGGUAUGACCAAUAUACGACUGAUUGGGAGGAGAUAAUGGAAUCGGAGAGGCUGAUAGGGGCACGCCAAAUGGCUGCUGCUGCUGGAAGAUUAUGCGUUGUUUGCUGUAACGGAGAGAUUUUAGUCGUCGAUGUGGUGGUAACGCCGCCUAGAUUUUGGGUGGUGGAGACUCCGCCGGGGUUGGAACCCUUGGGGGUUCAUGUCUUGCCCAGGAUGAGCCGUUCUGAUUUUUUAUAGCCGGCGGCGCCCCGGUCUACUCUGGUUUGGACUUGGGAUGAUCUUUUAUUAUACUAGUGUUUUAUUGGAGAAAUCAUUUUUACUUGGGAAAAUUUGUUUUCAAUGAUUUUUACUUUCUCUGUUAAGGAUGAAAGUGAAAAAUUGUCGAAUAUUGGUAUAAAAUGCGCUGUAAACGACAUUGAGAUUGCUUGUUCU